GCCGCGGUGCAACGCGCUCGGUGCAUCCGCAUCGACGCGUCUCUAUUGGUAUUCGCGAGUUUGUCGAUCGCUGAUCGAUCGUUGUUCGAUCGCUAAUCGACUGCUAUUCGAUCCGGUCGAGUGUGUUCUCGCACGAGAAUAUAAGUUCGACGAUUUCCUUGCAACGAAAAUUGUGUUUUUAUUCGCGAUAGGAUGAUAAAGACGAUAGAAGGAAUGUGUAGUCGGAUGUUUGGUAACGAUUUGUUAAUACUUUGUUAGGCUCGUACUUUUCGUGAAUAGUGUGCAAUAUUUUAGUUCGAUUUAAAGUCCUGUUGGGGUUUAGUAAUUUGGAAUUUGUUUCUAAUACAAUUCUUUGUGGAACCAUGAAUUUCUUAAAUUUGAACCUACCGUCGUAUAAUGAAAGCAAUAAAUCAUUUUUAUGGCUCGUGGAUGUUCAGCGGCAGUUUCGUGAAGCAAACAGUGAUACAUGCAGCGUCAAUAUUUUUCUGUAUUAUCAAGAGCACAAAUAUGAAGUUGAAUGUAGUGCUGUAAGUGAUUAUUUUGGAGAUAUCGAUAUGGAUAAUUCGCCGACGUCACCGUCAAGAUUAAUUAAUUCGGUAUUAAAAACGUGCUUAACGCCCCAUAAAGACGAUAUUUACGCAAGUAAAAAUUUUGUAAAAUAAAAAUAAAAAACACCACAGUCUCUCCAUAAAAGACAACUGAAUUAAAAUCCCACUUGUUAACUAUGAAGUAAUUCGUAACAUAAUUAUUGAUCUAUAAACACGUGGAAUAAUAAAUGAAACGAAUUCGGUUUCGUUACUUAAUUGAGGAACGACGUGUAUCGUUAUCGUGUUAAUUUUAUAUUUAAGUAUCGUGACUGGUAUGCAGGACGUAGCCGCGUGUCUUCCGGUCUGAAAAUAACACGUGCAUGUGCAUCUUCAUUCAUAAUGCAUCGACCGUGGCAAGCAUUCAGGGCAACGAGCCACGAAGCUCGUGAUCGUGUCAUCGGGCGUUUUCCACCUCGGCUGGAAUUUAAUUUCGCUCGAGUUCGAGGCUCUUUAUCGAAGCCCUUGCAUCGAUAAUGCACGGGAACACUUUCGCCUGUCCGGUUUCAAUGGUUGCGUUGAAUAAUGCGAAGAGUUCGUGACAUUGAACCGCGAAUAAUUGAAACGAAGCGCUCUUGUAUGGAUCGAAUUUUGUUUAACGUUUUUAUUGCGCUAAUAUUUGAAACUGAACAAGGACAGACAAAGACACUAACAAAGAAGAAAGAAGAUGAAAAAUUAAAUAAGAAAAAGGAAUUUAAAUUUGUAAUUCGUUGAAGGUGAAGAACGGCGCUAAUAAAUUUAAACUAUAAGAGGACUAACGAAGAGAAACUGAAGAAGAAGAAAGGAGAAAAGAAAACGAGGAAAGAGGAAGAAAAGUUAAGAAAUGAAAUGGAGUUUAAAUUUGUUGAACGUGAAGAAUGGCGCUAAUAAAUUUAAACUAUAAGAGGACUAACGAAGAGAAGCUGAAGAAGAAGAGAGGAGAAAAGAAAACGAGGAAAGAGGAAGAAAAGUUAAGAAAUGAAAUGGAGUUUAAAUUUGUCGAAGGUGAAGAAUGGUGGUUACGAAUUUAAUUUACAAAAGGACUAAUAAGAAGAAAAACAGAAAAGAAAACGAGGAAAAAAGACAAGAAAUUAAGAAAGAAAAAGGAGUUUUUGUUCAAGAUGAAGAGCGGCGCCAAUCACGAUUCCUCUCGUCCAAACCGAUGAUCCGUGGAACAAGACGACAAAAAUAUUUUCCUCACGGAUUUGUUUUACAACCCAUACGGUGCCAUAUACGUUAGACGCUCACUAUAUCGUAUUACACGCACGUUACACUUGCGUACGUGAAUUGUAAAUUACGGAAGAUCGUGUCCGAAGAUGACCUAGAUACCCAACGGGCUGCAAGAAAGGGCAUCGACGUCAAGCUGGCAUGCUCGGGUUCUUUAUGCUCUCUCGGAAAGGGAAAUAGAGAACGACUGGAAAAAAAAAGGGUUCGACGGUCACCACUUCCUUUGCACGCCAAAAUUCCCGCGGUCCCCGGGGACGUUGAAAGCCGUGAGAAAAAGGAGGACAGAAUGGAAGUGUCCCGUGGAAAAUGCUCGGGGUAACGUUCAAGGCGCAUAGGUUGAUCCUCGCAGCAUGCAGCAAGCACUUUCAAGAGCUAUUCGAAGGAAUGCCUCCUUCUCCGGCGGGACUGAUCGUUAUUCUCGACGGGACGAGUGCCCACAAUAUGGCCUCCCUUCUUGAAUUCAUGUACCGUGGCGAGGUACACGUGUCCCAGGAAUCUCUCAGCUCUUUCCUCAAAGCAGCCGAAUGCCUCCAAGUAAAAGGUCUGUCCAUCGAGCACGAAAAACUGGCGGUGGCGCAGAGGCACGCCGCGGAGAGCAACAACAACUCGUCCACGGAAACCGCGGGUAGCGGAAGCGGUGGAGGUGCCGUGACUGCAAGCGAAAAUGGCGGCGGCGUCGGCGGUAACGUGGGUAGUAGCGUCGGCGGCGGUAUCGGCGGCGGCGUCGGCGAGGUGAGCGACUUGAGCGAAGCGGGUGAAGCAACCAUGGUGAGAAACACCAUGAAGAGGACCCCCACACCGGCACCGUCGCCCGCCCCUGCCUACACCGUGCCCAGCGUCUACUCUACCUCUCACUAUUACGAAAGUCCCCCGAAAAGGCUGAUGAGAUCGCCCAGUGACGUUGAUUCUUUGGGAAGGGCGAGUGUGUUACGCGACGGCACUGCCUUCCGGCCCGCAUCCGCGCCACAUCCGCUUCUUCUGGAGAACCACUUCUAUCAACCGUUCACCCACCCCUCAGAGACGCCCGCACAUCCCCACACCGCGCCGCACACACCAACGGAAUUGGAACAGGAAUUGGAACGAUCGAGGUCCGAGGAACGUAGCAAUUGCGAUCUCAAGGAAAGCGUAGCUGAAGAUCUUCGGAUAAAGCAAGAACCGGUGACGCUGACCGAUCGCGAGAGGGCAGAAAAAUUGGCGGAAAGAUUGUCAGGCGAAGUUUACUCUAGUGGAAGGGGGUUCGAUGGGAGUCAUUAUGGCUCAAAUUCGGACCACAUGCAGCACGGCGCGCAAAUGGGUUCCGCGAUGGUGCCGUUGCCGCCGGCUCAUCCACCGACUCCUGAUCUCAGUCCUGCACCCACCACCCCCGCUAUGUGGAACACGAAGAUCAACAAGGCUGGCACUGUCACCACUCCUGAUGGCAAGAAGCUGAAGUGUCCGUUCUGCGAGAGACUGUACGGCUACGAGACGAACCUGCGCGCCCACAUACGACAACGUCACCAGGGCAUCAGGGUGCCCUGUCCGUUCUGCUCGCGGACGUUCACGCGGAACAACACCGUCAGACGGCACAUAGCGCGGGAGCACAAAGCCGAGCUCAAUCUGAAGGCCUUCCAGCAGUCGAACCACUCGGUGUCGGACACGGUGCCGCAGUAAAACGACGCGUCCACGUCGUAGCCGUGGCCGUGGCCGUCGUGGCGGCGAUAUCAGCCCCGUGGCUGCGCAAGUUACCAGCGAGUGGCACGGAAACGAACGCGGAGGGACUUGGAGGACGAGAACUGAGCGAUGCAGGAACGACGGGCGAAGGUACCGCAGGGUUCACCUUUGCCCUUCGUCGUUGGUCAACGUCGUCCCUAUGCCAGGUCGCGUCCGAGCGGCUCUCCGGAUACGUCGUCCCCCUCGAGAAGUCGCGAACGCUGCAAUUGACAAGCGGCAAGCUCUCUAACCGAGGGACGAGAGCCUCCGACUCGGAUCAGAGGAUCGCAAAGGGCCGAUCCUCGCGACCCCCUGGGUCAACGCGGCGAUCCGUUCGCGAUAGUUGUCAAUUACGCUGCUGGAGCGUCCAGUGGUCGACCUCGUGUCACGAACCGACUGCUGAAACCGUCUCGAGGCGUAUCGCGCCCAAGGAAUUCCGGAGGAUGCGAAGACGAAUCGUUUGGCUCGUGGUUGAUCAGUCCCCCGAGGCGAUCAGAGACCACUCGGGGACUCCCCGUUGCGACUGGACGAGCCUCGCUUCGGUCCACGCGCAUUUUUUAAGCCAUUUUUGCAGACCUGGAGUUGCAAGCCUCUAUCGCGGAACGUGCUCGAUUUUACUCGCGGGAGAUUGAAUCUCUGUGUAGAGUUCAUCGAGGGAAAGAGGAUCUGUUUAUUUCCUUAUGAAUGCAUUUGAUAUGUCUGCAGAUACAGACACGUGUCUCUGUGGAGUUCACCGAGGAAAAUUUGCUUGCUGUUUCCUCGUGGAUGGAUUUAACAGGCCUGCAGAUACAGACGCAUCGCUGGAAGAUUAAUUAACGCGAUAAGCAAUGGUCAUGUACGCGUAGCUGAUUCUCGUCACGGGCCAAUGUCACGUGUAUAAGUGAAUACAUGAACUGUAGACCAGUGUUAAAUUAUACGCGAUGUAUUCGCAAUAUUCAGCUAGCCUAUGUAACCCAGAUGUUACAAUUGUUUUCAAAAGAAUGGUACUAAGAUUUUUUAGCGUAUAACACAGCUAAUGCAGACUGAAAGUCAUCGAGUGGAAACUUCAAGUACAAGUACAUUUGAUCCAUAGUUUAAAUGAAUUUCAGCGGAAGUACUUUAGUAAUAUCUGGGUCGAUGCAUUUUAUCAAUCUAUGAGCCGCUCGUUGCAUUAAUCGAUUAACUCCAUGAUACAAAAAAAAUUGAGUAAUGCGAUGAAAUAAAGUACAUUGUUUUUUAAAAUUCAUUGUAGAAUGCAUAAAUACAGAUGUAGCUUUCAUCCAACGGUAUAUAUAAAAUUAAUAAGAAAGAAUAGCCAAGAAAUAACCCUCGGUAAUGUUACAAUUUUUAUGCGACUGGUGGAGUUAAUAUAUUUGUGUAGCGAACGGUUCGUACAGUCCUCCUUAUGCAAGAACCAUGAAUGCGCCAUUCGAAACUGGACAAUAAUCUACAUUAAUAAGCUCACAGUACAACUACCGUUACUACUCAAUGCACACGCGGAUCUUAACCCAAAGUUAGGGAUCCAAACAAAAAAAAAUCAUUCAAUGGUGCACAUAUCUCUGCUCAACAAAAAUAAACAUUAUCAUUCCACGCAUGGUUCUGGGAUAAAAGGGACUGUGCGUUAGUAUCCGUUAAAUUAAAUACCAAUGGCUACGAACAUGGCCCGUGGCGAAGAGCGUUAGCAAAUAUGCGCAACCAAGAAAUCUUUUUCGAAAGAAAGAAACGGAGUGCACGCGAUAGAGGGUUGAAUUCCGGAUCGGUUCUUCGCGAACCAACCGCGGAAGGAACGGACGUCGCGCGAAACUCGGACGUGGCAAGGAGGCGUUGACCAUGAAAUAGGAAAAUUGUCCCGGUGAUCGGAUCACAGAAGACGGAAGAGAGAAGACGGAAAUGGAACAAGGAAGAACGAGGAAGGAAGUUUAAGGGAAGGAAGACACGGAAACGAAGCACGGAAAAACGUCGACGUCCGAUUGCUCUGAGCGUAGCUUGCACUGAGGUACGAGGGCGGGUGGGUGGGAUGGGAUGGGGUUCACCGGGGAGGGGGGGGGGGGUUAUCGCGCGCCUCGGACACGCUCGCGGAUACGCUGCAAAUCACAAAACUAGUCAAUGAAAGUGCAACGUCAAAGUAAGAAUUAUUAACUCUAAACGUUUAAUGAGCGCGAUGAAGAAGCAAACAGAAAGAGUUGAGGGAAGCGGACACCGGAAAUGAACCGACAAAUGGCGCGAACAGAGUCACGUUCGAUGCGGAUUCGCCUCCCCCGAGACCAUCAUUGUAAGGAAAGCGUCUCGGGCGAAUCGUAAAGCCGUGAACGUGACUUUUUUGGUAUUUUUUUUUUACUUCUUUUUUUUUUGUUACGAAUCCGUUCUCAGUUUAUUCGACCAACUUUUGGUAGGACGAGUAGGGUCGUUCUGGCAACGAUGGUCGCACGAUGGACGAUAUAUUACCGACCAAACACGGUGCUAGCGCCGUCGCGAAGCAUAUGUCGAUGGAAUAGUGUCUACUGCCGCUACCUUACUCUAUUAUUCGAUAGUUCAACGUUACCAUUGAUUAAGAAUUAUUAACUGCAUACCGAAUCGCAUGAAACGCUGUUACUGAUAAUAUACCUGCAGAGGGAUAACUGGUACUGUUAACGCUUCGCUCACCGGUCUGGGUUAGGUUCGACGACCACUGGGAGCCUAUUCUUUCGAAAACAACUUGGAAGGACUUUCUGUGUCGGCCCUAGGGUGACUUCUACCGAUUUGUCGAUCUCUGGGGUCGUUGGAGAUCUCUAGAUUUAUAUUUUAUCAGAUUUGCGUUGGAUGGAGUUGCAGUAUUUCAAAAUUAUAACGUUGUCUGUGACGGACAUUGGUGUUUAAUUGUUUAUGAUGGAUACAAUUAUAAAAAGCUGUGGAAGCAAUUGACUACUUCAUCCAAGCACACAUAGAAAGAUUUUUUUUUUUAAAUACUUGUCAAACUACCACAAUAGAUAGCUAUCUGCAAGUACUCGUCCAUGAGAUUACACUUUAAUACAUGCAAUUAACACUUACAGUCGGUCCCAUAAGUAUUCGUAGCCUCUUUAUCUAUUGAAGAAAUUUGUUUCAAUUAAAUGGUAGGUUUGAUGUUUCCAAGUGCAUGUUUUUAUAAAUAUGUUGAUAUAAAUAUAUACACGUAUAAACUUAUUCAUACACAUAUUUAUAAUGAAAAAUUCAUUCGAUAAUAUUAAAACUAUUAUUUAAUUUAGUCAAACUUCUUCGAUAGACAUAGAGGGUAUGAAUAUUUACGGUAUUGACUGUAUAUAUAAUAUACAACUAGAACUACUACACGUGAUCUAAAACGGAUCAUUCUACGUCCCAGAAGUCCUCCUAGGGUUGAUACAUGCCAACCUAGUUUCCAUUCUUUUUUUAUUUAUAGAGUGUCAAGUUGACAAUAUUCAAACGUAACACUUGUUUUCUCUAUAUGUACAAUAUAUACUGCCAUCAACUUGUACACUCUAUAUAUCUUUCAACCCGAAUACAAUAAUUCAAGGACCAUAAUCACGGUCGAUAGGCUCCAUUAGAUAACCUCCGUAAUAAAAAUAAAAAAACAGCACCCGGUGAACGAAGCGUUGAUUCCUGUUGAUGUCGAGAGCCUAGGGUCGAGACACAAGUGACGUACAUGUUAUCUAACGAAACUGUUUACGUUCGCGCGUUAGUGCCAAAAAGAUCGGGUACCUUUUUCUUCGCUCUGGAUCGCAUCUUCGAUUUGUUCGUUCCCCUCGACGGGACACGGGUAGAACAAUUACGCUGGACUUAUCGGUGGAAACAUAUCCAGAAUAGGGCAAGCGCGUUACGCCGACACCGACGCGUUUUCUUCGUCUCUUAUUUUCUUUGUGUUUUUUUUUUUCUUUUGUACAGAUAUACCGUUUUAUAAAAGGAUUUAUGAGAUUAUUACUACGAUUCUAGGACGGGCAGGCUGUCGAGUUACCAUGUGUAGGCCACGUGGGCGGAUUCUCCAGGGCGAACGCGCGUAUCUUUUUUUCUUUUGUACCAAGCGCCGUCUUCGACGAGCCUCGACGAUGCGACGAAGAAGGAUGCCUUCUCGCCAGCGUCGGGCAACGCGUAAUCCGCGAUCACGAUCGACGAACGAUCAGACGCGACUAGAUCGCGAGUUACCGAUCCACCCGUCGCGGAUUACAAACGUAAUCUCGUAUCCGAUAUUCGAUGAUUAUCGAAGUCGUUAUCUACGAUCGCGUAGCAAUCGCUGCCCGGCUCUGCUACCCGGCUAUCUUUCCAUCGCCGUCAUUUUUUUAUUUCUCGCAACGUUCACCGUCGAGGCUCGAUCCGUUCGCCUCGAGGAAUCGCGGCGUGGCGUUACGUCACGCGAACAAUCACUACCACUUUGUUACCUGUUUACAAUGUUUAAUACGGACUUUUGUCCGAAGCAAUAGUCGCGGAUCGAGAUAUAUAGGGGAUGACAACCAAUAGACCAAUAUGAACAGAGCGCUAUAGAAUAAUUGCUAGACCGGUUGUGUAGGAUGUGAUCAAUGCAAUAGUUAUAUUACAUUUACCUAUAGAUAGAUUAUAUACAUAGAUACUCCUAGUCAGGAUGGCACCACGAUAUUACUUGUUGCAGUAUUGACACGUUUAUUGACAGACUUUUAUCUUUCUUUUUUACUUCUAACCCCGUUCUUUUUUUCUUCGCUUUCUCGUCUCGUUUUCUUUCCUACAGGAUUAUUCUCUCGUUUCUCUAUUUUAUUUUUCUGUUAUUACUUUCCGUUGCUUCUUUCUCCUCUUUUUUCUUUCUUUUUUUUUUUUGUUACGUUACAGAUGAAGUUUAACAAGAAUUAUCUCACAACGAUACGCCUACCGCGAAGGUAUCAAAGACAAUAGACGAAUAGAGAAUUAUUUAGUAUUUAAAAGAUCAUACGCGAGCUAGAAUAUAUAUAUUAUUAUAUAUAUAUAUACACACACACAUAUAUACGUAUAUACAAGAGAGACGUUAGACGCCGUCGAAUUUUCCGUUCAGUUUGUUUUCCGCCUCGUUCUUUAUCAUUUCUGUUUUCUUUCUUUUCUCUUCUCUAUUUUGCUGUUGGUUUUAUGUUCGUUCGUUUAUCCACUUAAGAUACGUCAACAAAAGAUGAUACGUAAUGACAGUUAACUACCUCAUCGUUUUAUAAUAACGCAUUAACCAAACACAGGGAACACUGAGCGACCACAGUAAUAUUUAUACCUGUACAUUCCGUACAGCCGCUGAUACUUGUCCGGUUAGCGUCGGAACUAUUCUUCUGCUGUUAUACCCUGCGAAGAGGGUACGAGGGCGGAUCUCGAGGCUUCUCGUGGCGAAUUCCUCUAUCUUCUACGAUGCAGCGAGCAAUAUUGACCGAGGCGGCAUAGUUGUUGCCAGAUAUAGAUAAUCGUGAGGUCUCGGAGCUUCUAGGAACCGAGGGACCGUCGUUGAAGUCUCCUGUUCCUCGUAACUCUCUGCCGAGGAUUCGAAAUGAACUCGCUGCUCGAGGUCACUUAGUAACUUGCGAACUGUCCUAAUAAUUGGAUAAUCGAGGGAAGAUAGAAUUUGUUUGCAACUAGACAUUAAUUGAAUCGAGUUUGGUUGAAGAUCAUAGAAAAUGGCAUGCGUGUCUUUUUCUGUAAUAACUGAUUUGUUUAAAAUAAUUGUUCUUACCAUUUCUUUUGUUUAAAUACACUACUCCGAGAGGUCUAGAGAAUUUAUUUUAAGGUUUUGUUUGAGAGAACGUUCAACUAUCGAGACCUCUUUUGUCACUCUUUAUUUUGAAUAAUAAUAGGGAAUUGUAGGUAUUACUUUUUACCUACAAUGUUAUAUGGAGCAUUUUAUGGAGUACAAACGGUAUAUAUUAUUUUUUCGUAGUUAUAAGAAUUUACUUGACAUUCAAAUCCUUAAAAAACAGGAUACUAAUAGUUGAAGUAUAAGUACGUUUAAACGUUAAUUUUUUUAUUUUCAUUUCUACGAUCAAUGGGUUAGGACAAAUACAACUAACAUUUUUGUAUUUGAAAAAAUUAAUUUCCCGCAUCUUUAAAUGCAUUUCCCGCAAUUUUAAUGCAUCCCGCAAAUUCGUCAAACAAAUUAUAUUCUCACAAUACCAACGACAAAAAAAUGUCUGAACUAUUUGCCACGUUCCAAUAAUUCCACCCUCUGAAAGUGACCUCGAACAUCGACUUGAUCACGAUCCUAUCACAAUGGUACAAACGUUUACACAAAGUAGUUUUCACAGAAAUCUCUUUACUCGCAUAUUCCAAAAUGGAAUUUCCAUCCAACGAAAGGCCUUCGAGAUCGUCGACACACGUGAUAUAUAAACUCUACAUAUUAUAUAUAUAUAUACAUAUAAUAGAUCCGUUUUUUUACAAAGCCGCAAUUAUUGCAUACGUACAACUAUGUGUAACUGACGACUAGAGACAGUGAGCUACACGAGAGUGUAGAUGUGUGCCUGUGUGUAUGCGUGUUAAUGAGAGACCGCGUGAUUUCAAAAUCGAGCGUGUUUUAAUCCGUGAGACAACCACUUGCGAUUUCAUCGUUCAGCGGUGAUGAUAUUCGGGCGUUCGAUUCCUAAAACGAUUUCAGGCGAUAGAUUUCGACGUAGAGUCCAGAAAGGAAGAAUAGUGUCUACGACGAACGGGUGGGAGAAAACGAAACAAUUGAAAGAGAGGAAUAAUAAACGAAGUAUCCGUUUUUUAGGGGGCGGGAAACCGAAUGAAAUGGCGGGUGGCGUUUUUUUGAAGGGGUGUGAAAACGAUUUCGGGGAGGGAACGUCGACGAAUUUCGCGGCUCGCGUUUUCCGAUCGUCUCUAGACUGAUCAGAUUUUCGGCUGAGAAGAAAGGUAAACAGCUGGGGAGGGGGAUGCUGGCGAACGAAAGGAGCAAAAAGGAUGCGUGACGUUUGGAAAUGGGAAAAAAAUCCAAGUGAAAAGUUUGUUCGAACGAGGGUGAUACUGAUACCGAGGAUGGGCUUUGACGCAUUUAGACGACGUAAAUUAGUCAUAGAGGGUAGAGGGGCGAGAGUUUAAAAACGAAGACGCUGCGGGGAAGGGAUUAUUCAAAAGUGUUAUGUGUCGUUUACGUAUGUGAUGGUUAGGAACAUACACACACGCGCGCACGUAUGGAGACAGACAAAUACACACACAAUACGCGGAAUACAUCGCACACGAUCGAGUGCCGCACGUUCCAGAGGCGCGAGACUACAGUACGCGCGCGAGAAGAGUGCUACAAGCCCCACCUGUGGAAUGCGCCACAGCAACCAUUUUAAAAACUGUUGAGCGCCUAGUUGGACAAUGUUACAGUCGGCACUUGAUAACUCGAUAGCUCUGUACUACUUAUUUACACGUCUAAAAGAUAAAACAUUGCACUCUCUGUUAUAUACAAUCAUUUUCUGUAGCCACAGACGUGCACGAAAAUAACUGUCCCGUAAUUAAUUAAUCUCCACGUGGAAGAGUUUAUAGCAAUUUUUUUCGCGCGUUGACAGUAGCCAGCGCAAUAUCACUACUUUUGAUCAAAAAUCGAUUUUUCUUUGCUGUACUACAAUAUACAACCCCUUUUUAUAGGUGAAAGCAUACGCAAAAAUGACUAGGCUGUCUCACAAUUGAUUAAUCUCCACGUGGAAGAGUUAUAGCACUUUUGCGCACGCGUACAGUAGCCGGUGCCACGUUACGCGUACUUUUGAUCAAGAAUCGUUUUUUCUUUUUUUUUUUUUUUCGUUUUUAAAGUGUUUCUUAUCCGGCUAGUCCGCCAGAAGCAACAAAAUCGUACUAACACGGAGAUGUUUAUAUCGUACUAUGAACUUUUUAGCUUUAAGUUUUCUCCUAUGUCGUUGGUACGUGGCUCCAUUUUCGUUUCGAACAUUUUUCUUCUUAUUCCUUUUCAUUUAGAUACUUUACGGGUGGCAUUCGCAGCGCGUAGAUAAGGUUUCAGGCUGGAGAAGCCAGGUUUUUAGUGUCAUCGUAUUCGUGGCGAGUACGAUACAUCCACACGUGAUUUUAGUACGUGUGUAUAGCGUACAUACGCGUAUGUACGAACAUGUACGGCGAACUGUGGACGAGGGGCAAUCGAUCGUGUGUGGAGGGGUGCGAAACGAGAACGAAAUGCCGAUGGAGGAUAGAUCAUACAAGAUUUAGACUUGACAUUCGUAAUAGAGGAGGGGAAUCAUUGUGUAAAAUUAGUUUUGGAAUUAAUAUGAAAAAUAUUCCUAUUUUGAGGAAUAUUUACUUAUUUUAGGAAUUUUACCUACUUACAUUGUUUAAUCAUAAAAACACCUUUUGGGAGUAGUUCGUUCCAUGAAAAGUUCUGUAGUCGAGAAAACAACACCAUUUAACUAUAUGUUAUAUUGUUUCUUUGAUUGGAGUCUCGAACUAUUUGUAAAAUUUGUUUUGAGAAGAUUUUAUGAGAUUUGCACAUGAUGUUUUCUUACGAGGACAUCUAAUAGCUCUAUAGAUUUAGUUAGUUAUUCUUCAAUUUGAGUGUUAGAUAGGACAUGGGUAUAUAAAUAAACAGGGAAUUAUUUCUUCGUUCAAAGAUAAAAUGAAAUUCGUGUAACAGAAGAUUCAAGAAGUGGAACAGGAAUCUCGACUCCGAUGCUCCCAAAGGGUGAUCCUAAAUUUUCUUGAAACUAAAUAACGGAUAAAUAACGAAUAAUACCAACAUACAAUAAUUUGUAUUCGUCUACCUCGUAUAACUAGGUAUAACUAGAUAUUCGUCCACCUCGUAUAAUUCUAAAACUAAAAUUCCCAAUGUUAUUCAACCAAUAACAAACAGAAAAUUAUUCAUAAAAUAUUUUUAUCUUCUAUAUUAUCUUCUAUAUCUUCAAUAUUUUUGUCUUGUCUUCCAUUCUAAUUUUACUUUCUGGCAUUGCCCACGGUGUUCAAAUUUCGCACUUCCCGACUGUAUCCGGUUGUAAACACUCUUUCAUUCGCGUUUACCUGUUCAACUCGUUACUGGUUAAAGAAUUUCUCCAAUAACAUAAGCAGAACCUAUUAAAAAAGCCCCGAGCUCUGCGCAUCAUAAAUCUCGUUCUACGAAACAUACUCCCAUUGACGAGUACUAUUGGAACGCGAGAAGAUUGAAUCCGACUCUAUUCGCGAGGUGUGCCACGAUUAGGUAUACAACAAUAAGCGAACAAGUGUAUUGAUCACGUACAGAACGUAUUAGAAAAGAGCAAAUUGUUCCUUAUUUAUCGUACAAUCGCUUUUAAAACUAACAUGGUUGCGUCUGCGUUCGUUUGACUUGAUAGUUGCCCAUAAAUUAAUUAACGUCUUACAAAUAAUGCUCCUACAAAAAAAAAAAAAAAAACAACGCCUUUUGUAGAUCGAUGGCAGUCUCGAAGAAUACGAUUAGAAACUCAUUCUUCUCAUGCGCCAACAGUAGCAGCCAUAGGUUGGGGGAAAGCACUAUCAGCCGUUCUCGUAGCUCUGCUUCCGACACAGAGCAUCUAUUCUCCCAGUUGAACAGCGUAUGCAAAUGAAAAGAAGCACACACACAAACACACAUACAAAGCACACGAAACACACUCACACAAAGGGCACGUACCUACAGAGGCGCGGUAUAUGCGUACGCGGUUGCGUGCAUAUAUACCCACGUUACGAAGCCACGCGCGACGCGUACGCAUAACGUAUGUACCAUUAUUGUAUCACGGCGUAGGAUAAAAUGUUGCAUGUUGUUUCUAUAAUAUGUGUUUUACGGAUUGAAAAUCCUUUAUAGAUGUCGUGUGUGACACAGCUUGGGGGGGGGGGCGGGGGGCCGGGGCGAGGCGAGCUUUACACCGCGGGUCAGUCGAUUAGGUUUCGCGACCGUCGCGGAGGAAGCGGAAGGAACGAUGGAAAACGGACGGCGAGCGAUUAGGGGAUCCGACGAAAGGCGAAAAGCUGACCGGAAAAGCUGGCUGGAAAUUUCUCGCGCGUCUCGAAACGAGGGAAAAACGAAGAGGGAAGGAAUCCACGGACGAACGAUUAUCGAUGGCUCCGAGCACCCGCGACAGGGGCUCGCGGUGUAAACGGGCUUAAUUCGCGAUUAAAAGAAAACAAAAACGAGUAAAAAAAGUUUGGCGGGAUAAAUAAUCCUUCGAAUUCGGUACGGUGGAGUUAAAACGAAAAAAAAAAAGAAGAUUUGGAUAGGACGCGAGGGAACGGGAGAGAGGGGCGGGGGUCGGCGAGACUGUUUCUUUUUUCGGGAAUUAGCGAGAUUUGUUGCGUGCUCGCGUAGAGCGAAAGAGACGAGGGUCGAUGUUAUCGCUGCACCUAAAAUCAGUGCACGCUGCACCGGUGCACUGGCAACUGCUAUACUGUUUGAUCAUCGUAUAGUAUAUAAUAGUACUAUACCAUAGUUGAUAAUGAUUGCAUAGUACACGUAUCGCGCACGCAUAAGCAUAUUUAAACGUGAGGAAAAAGCAUAAAAAAAAAAAAUAUAUAUAUAUAUAUAUAGGAAGAUUACGGAUGGAAGCGAACAUAAGGAAACGUAAUGAAAUUUUCUUCUUUUUUUUUUCACAUCUUUCGCGGCAAGAAUUAAGGAAUAUUAAACAAACAAAAAAAUAACACUAAUAACGAUUACUGAUAACGAUAAUAUUAUGUAAACCAAGUAGGGCUCACUGUCGCGUGGCGGGGCUUCGAUUUCGGCGGCGUGCGGCCGUCGACGAUCUCGGCGACGGCCGCGACUUAUAGUACAAAGUAAACUAAUGUUAAGGGGUAUAGAGAAGAAAAAGAUAAAAGAUAAACAAGCAAACGAUCGACGCGACGAGAACAAAAAAAAAAAGAAAUAAACGAGAGAUCGCAUAUUGCAGAAUUUUUGUAAAACUUAUUACACACGCUGUAUGAUGUAACACGGUAAUGGGAUCGACGAACGAUGAUGACGAUUGAUGAACGAUAACCACGACGAUUGAUGGUUUAUGAUAGUCGAAAAUGGACGACGGCAUUGGCGAACGGUCGAGGAUUACGCGUAACCGAUUUAAUUAAGCUGUUCACCCACCCUGCAUUUUUAGACACAAAAUGCUGAACUGUUUGACAAGGUACACGAAUCAGCUUCGUCGAAGUAUAAUUCGUCGAUUCGCAUUGUUUACUUUUUAAACUUUAUGCCAAAACAUAUACGUUACAUUGAUUCAUACAAUAACGUAAUUAUAUAUCGAGCUGCACAAGUCUCACGCUCCAUAAGUGCAUCGAAUUUGCAGUCUAAUAAUAACUAAACGAGUGUUUCAAAAUUUGAUCAAGCAUUCUAUUUAAUCACAAGAUAUUAUUACAAAUAUAAACGAAAUAUUCGAUCUACUAUGGAAGCACUCGUUUUGUAUCCACACGAGCAUCAACAAUCGUUGUUAUAGUGAUAUAAACUAUAUUUCUAAAAAGAAGCAUGCGUAUCGACGUCUUUUAUCUCCAAGACAGCGCUCUACACGCGAUAGAAUAAUAAAGUCCCUGCAAUCUCGAAGAAGAGGAAGGCAACUCUAUUUCAAACGGCGUUGAAUCAGGUUCAAGCACACUUUACAUAUCAGUUUCACUAAGAGAGUCUACUGAUUCUUAGAUUUACCACUUGCUGUCGUUUCUAGACGAUUCGCGCACUCCUCCUCUUCCCUCGAGCCGCGGGACUCGUCCACCGACUGUUGCGAUCGUAUUUUAUAUCCAGUAGCUCGCAAUAGUUUAUGCUAGUUACAAAGUUGUCAGAAAAUGUUCAAAGGACUGCACGUGUUUCGAUUGUGCUGCGUAAGCACGGUUUAUGGUCGCGCGUCGAGAGCGCCACCUCUCACGGGGCGGUGAUUUCAAUGCCUCUCGAGCUGCACAGGACAGUGCGCGGCAGUCGAUGCUCGUAGAAGCGUACAGUGUUUGGCAAAAUGUCACACGUGAUUAUUAUUACGGAAUAUAACGUAAUCGUGGUUAAUAAUCAAUGGAUAAUGAAUAACCAGGAUUUCAUCUCUAGAAGAGUUUACGUAAGGUACAAUUUAUCGAUUCACCCAGUCACAAGUGUGCUUUUCUGAUUUGAAACUCGCGAGUGAUGGUCAUAAAAGUUAUCACUGAAAGGUUACGAAUUAUCAAUGCAGGUUUUAAUCUGACAGUCGUAUGUUCGUAAAUGUGAUCGCAAGGUACUCGGGAUUUUAACUCUGAAAGAGUUGUGCAGAUUACAAAUGUACUUCCUAAUCCUGUAAUUGUGAAUGGCGAUCACAAAAAUAGUCACAAAAUGAUCAUGAUUUCUAUUUCAAGACAUUACAAACUAUCUAAUCACGAUUGCAGAUUGUAAAUUGCACCUUUUAAUCUAACUUUUGCGAGCAAUGAUUACAAAAGUAACCACAACGCAGUCACAAAUCAACGAUUGCCCAACUCUGAUAGAAAACGGCAUGGAAACCUUAUCGAGUUCUCAUUCGAACAGAAAGACUGGAGAAACUGAACACUGCCAGACACGGGUCGCGAAUCCUUCCGUGACCGUUCUCGCCGAUGAUCCUCGACGCCGUCCGUCACAGUAACGGAUCACAAUACUUGGUCACACUAGUACAAAUGCUACCUCACACACGACAUACAGGGUGCAUAAAAAAAAAAAGAAAAAAAAUGAGAAACAUACGAAAAUCUCUCUGUACAUAAGCACAGUCGAACGGUAUUUCGCGAUAGUUAAUCGAACGUCACAGAGGCGUCGAUCGAGGCACGAAUCACGGCACGUUCUCGCGUCGUUCCGCGUUACGGACGAGCGAGUUCUAUCGAGGGAAUGAAAGAAGACGAUAACUAAGAUAUUCGAGAGAGAGAGAGAAAAAAAAAAUACGAUUUGCAAAUACGAUUAGUCGAACAGAGAUGUCAGAAUUAAAUUCGGAAACGGGGGUCGCCGUAUGGCGGCUCGCGUGCCCACCGAGUCCUUUUCUCAGGAAUAUGAAAACCAAGUACAAACUACAAAGUAUAAUAGUCGAUAAGAUUUAAAUAACAUAAAUCAAUAAUCAAGCGAUGCAAUAGUCGAGUGUAUAAUAGGGAUCGUCGGUGUAGCUUUUCGUUACACCAGAAAAUUAACUCUUUGUCUCUGUCUCACGCUUUCACUCUCUUUUCUUUGUCUUUUAUUGGCACGUUGCGACGUCGUUGAUGAUGACUGCUAUCGAUUAUUGUCACCCACGGAUCACCGUGCCUCGCGGAUGAUGGCGGUAUACGUAUUCGCACGGUACGUUAGUUACGUGGUGUCCUGUGAAAUGUGGUAGCAACUUCGAUGGUGAAUGCACAACAAAUUAUUUAUAGAAGAAUAAUUAAACGUUUGAGUUAUCCGACGUUGUUCUCGAUUUGCACACAUCUUGAAAUUAAGUAGCACAGGAGGCUAUACUGUUUCACAGAGAUCAAAUUUGAGACGAUAUAAUCGUUAUUAUCGUUAUUCGUCAUUC